UCUGAACAUCAUCAUACUUGGUGGUUAAGGGGAACUCACCAGUCUCGCGUUUUCCACACAUCACUUCGUUACCGCACAGGCAGACCACAAAGGUAGAACAUACGAACCUAGGAGUUCCAGUCAUGGCCGACGACAAGGAUAUUCUGCCGGAUCAGCGGAUCCUCUCCGAGAUCUUCCCCGAUGUCCCCAACAUCACUACCGACCUCUGCACGGUCAUCUCCAACACCUUCGACACGUGCACCUUCCGGCUCCAGCUUCCCACCGAACCACGGCCAGGCUUCCCCGCAGACCUGCUUAUCCGGCUAGAGACAUCCGGAAGUCAUCUCUCGGCCGUAGCUAAAUUGCAACAUCUGGCGCACCUCCAGAUCCCCCAUCUCGUCCCGGCAACACUAGCCGUGGGGUCCGCCACCGAUGCAACUGGCAGGGAGGUGGACUACUCGAUCACACCAUUCUUGGUUGGAACUACUGUUCUGGAAGAGGUCUGGCCAGGGCUCGACCCGCACAACCAGCGGUCUUUGGUAGAGUCCAUCGUCGUUGCCAUGGAGCAGCUCCAGAAGGCCCCCCUCGGGAGCCCGGACACCGGUUUCCACCCUGAAAUCAAGCAGAUUUUGGAGGCUUUCCUUGGCGAGAGAGCGGCGAAGUCGCAGGCGUGCGAGAUUCUCGACACGGACGAUGUGAUUGCCGUGCGGUCGGCCAUCGACGGAAUUGGCGAGAUCGAGCUCACCAAGCCUGACCUCGAUCAGCUCAUGAGCAGCAUUGUUUUCUGUCACAACGACCUGGAGCCCCGCAAUAUUCUCGUCAGGCAGGUUGGUGCCAACGGUGGCGGCAGGUACGAGCUGGCUGCCAUCAUUGACUGGGAGAUGGCGGGCUUCUUUCCCUUCGCGUACGAAUCUGGGCUUAAGGAUACGGUGCUUGGCUCGUCCAACCUGUGGUUCAGCUGGUACUCGCUGUUCAAAGAGCAGACCGCCAUGUUGAUUCCCAAAGAGGAGGGCCAUGAGAAGCUGAUCAAAGCGCUGCGGAUCAUCGCGGCGUCCAAGGAUGCCAGGAUGCCAAAGAACGUGGGUGUUCGAGUUGCGGCAAAAUGGAUCAAGCGAGAGCGGCUCAGGAUGUCGCCGGACGUGAGGCAUGGCUGGGUUCGAGAGGACGGCGCCGGCCACGUCCCCGUCUUCACGAAGGAGGACAACGAUAGCCUUGAGCUGGAAGUCCUCAGAGAGCUGGGUUACAUUCAGUAG